GCCAUGCAAGACAGAGGGCAUUAAUUAAGACAACACCCCCCCAACAUGAAAUGCUGAGGCGCACCCAAUUACCUCGUUUGUUUAUGCAGGCAUCUUUCAGCUCCCGACGAGCGCAAGCGGCCUCUGCUAGCUCCUCCGUUUCACGCCUACGUGAUCUUCCUCGUCUGCCUGUCCCCGGUCUACAUCAAACGCUGCAGAAAUACCUGAAAUCGCUGGAACCAUUUCUGCUGGAAGAUGAAGCUCGGGGUGGCCCAUCCUUUCGGGAAGCUUACGAGAAACGAGCAGAGUGGGUGGAAGACUUCGAGCGAGGCAUAGGCGCGGUAUGUCAAGAGCGUUUACUUGCACUUGACAGAGCAUCUCCGACCAAUUGGCUGGAUGACAACUUCUGGAUGAAAAAAGCUUAUCACGAAUGGCGGGCACCACUUUUGGUGAAUUCGAAUUGGUGGCUGGCGUUCCACAACGAUCCCAACGUGCCUGAAGACGUAAUACAUGGACGUAUACCGACUCGAAACAUUGGGUACACGGACUGGCAAGUACGUAGGGCGAGCUGGCUUGUACAUCGGAUACUGGAAUGGAAGGCUCGUUUGGAACGGCAAGACUGUCAUUCUGACAACACGCGUGCAGGUAUCUGGCUUCGAGAUACCGCAGGCAAGAUGUUCAAUAUCGCUAGGUUGCCACGUCCGGGUUCUGAUACCCUAUCAUCUUUCCCAACUCCGGGCGACCAUGAUGCUCGCAAGCUCAUCGUUCAUGCAUAUGAUUGGCUGUAUGCGAUUGAAGUGCUUGACGAGAACAUGCAGUCGCUUCCUCCGGCAUUGAUUGAACGUCGGCUAAAGGCGAUAGUCGCCGACGUUGAGAGGCGGCUCGCCCGUGGUGAGCGUGCUGUGCCGGUCAGUGUUCUUACCACCGAUGAGAGGGACCGGUGGACAGAGGAUCAAGACCAUCUUCUGUCUCUUUCUCCGAUCAACCAUAGCAUCCUUCGCACGAUCAAUCAUUCCCUCUUCGCCCUCAGCCUUGAUCAUUACACUUACGUGCUCCCAUCCGCUUCAUCAGACGCAAAAUUACUGCUUCCCGAACCAUGCACUACACCGGAUAUCACAGCACAUCUCCACAACGUGCGCUCCGGGCCGUCGACGCGCCCAGGGCACAAUCGCUGGUACGACAAGCCGUUUACCCUCAUCGUCGAGUCGAACACUCGAGCGGGCGCACUAGGCGAGCAUUCUCCAUGCGAUGCGUUGGUGCCGAGUAUUGCUGCAGAGUACGCAGUCGUGGAGGCCAUCGAUAGGGAUGCAUUUGUGCAGAGCGAAAGGCUGGAUGGUUUAUCGACAGGAUGGGAGCGCCUCGACUGGGUCGUCGACGAACGAAUACAGCGGGAGUGCACGGAAGCCGAGCGGAGAGCGAAGAGGAUUGUGGAUGACUCGGAUGACGGGAUCUUGUGGUUUGAUGCAUAUGGAGCCGAAUGGAUCAGAGACGCUGCGCGUCUUUCACCUGACGCGUACAUUCAGAUGGCCCUCCAGCUAGCAUGGUAUCGGACGCGUGGUUGUUUCACAGCGACGUAUGAGACCGCACUCACGCGACUCUUCAAGAAUGGACGCACGGAGACCAUUCGCACGCUGACAACUGACAGCCGUGCCUUCGUGCUCACGAUGACUGACCCACACAGUCUCGCUCGGACGCGGCAUGGACUGCUGCUUCGUGCGGUAAAGACCCACACCAACUUGACACGACACGCGGCGACCGGUCGCGGGAUCGAUAGACACCUGCUCGGGCUGCAGAUGAUGCUGCGAUCCUCCGAUGAGGAGCAUCACAUCCUCUUCGACGACGAACUCUUCACGCGAAGUCAGACAUGGAAGCUGAGUACCAGUGGUUUGAGUGCUGGUCACCAAUUCCGAGGGACUGGUUUUGGUGCUUCGUACCCUGAUGGGUAUGGGAUCAAUUACCUUGCAGAUUCUGCCGUGAUCAAGUUCGGCAUUGAGUCAAAAUUCUCCAGUUCUCAGACAUCAACGGAGCUAUUCAAAUCAGCAAUCACUCAGGCCUUAGAGGACUUGAGAUCUUUAUGUACAAAUGUUCUUACUGCACACCUGUGAUAGAGGGGUUUUUUACUCAUUGCAUUAGUUGCAUACAGUUCUAGACACAGAAAUAUGGUGGUUAUUCUAAUAAUCACCAUUCUCAAUGUCAUCCAAGC